AAGUUCUAUCCCUGAGUUUUCUGCUGUACCAUUUCCGAAGCUGGCGCGGUCGAAACGUUGUCCAAGGAGGAGAAGAGCCGGUACCUUUAAUGAGAAAUUCCGCGUGCCCUUCCAUAUGCACCUCCCUCUCAAGUCGUGCGCAAGGUUGCAGAUAGAAAGAAAUCAGAGAGAGCAACUCCUCCUCCCCUUCGCUUCCCUCCCUCCCAGAUGGCUUCCCAACUCCCUCCCUCUUUCCUUCCUGAAAUCGGCCCCGACGGGAUCGCCAGAGAAAAUCCCGUCAUCGCCUACACCGAGAAGCUCAUCGAGGAAGAGCAUAUCCAGCUCAAGAGAUAUAUCCAAGAAAAUUAUUCCAAGAUUCGUGAUGUUGAAUGUGAAUUGGAGAAUCUUACAUUGGAGUUGAAACUGACAGCGGGGCCAAAGAAAGCAGCACUCGAGCACUUGCGAAAGAAGAUUGAACUACAAAGUGAAAGAAUACAUGUGGCUAAGCUCAAGGAAGACCAAGCGAAGAAGGUGUGGGAAGCUGCAUCUCAAGCUGUUAGGGAUGAGGAGGAAACAAAGAAGAAGCUCUGUGAUGAUGUAAAUCAGCUGGUCCAAGAAAGCACGGCCACUCAACUUACAAGACUGGAGGAGUUAAAAAGGCGUCUUGCAGCUCUUAAUCCUAGCAGGAGUUCCUCUGUUGUUUAUGGUGCUAAGUCUGUGCAACAGACUGAUAUCAAUGUCACAGCUUCACAGCCUGCCCAGCUUCAACCAGCAGAAUCAAGUGGCAACGUGCCUGAAAAUACACUAACAGGAGGAAACAAUAGUGGUCAGGCAGCCGUAGAUGGGCAAAACCAACAACCUGUUGAAGUAAAAGAAAAGAAAAGAAUCCCAAAUUUGGGAAGAGGGAAGGGCAGCAUGAUCCUGCCCAAGGGAAGAGGACCUUCACACUCUGGAUGGACCGGGGCUGGAUUUGAUGUUGGUAAUGGUACAAGAUCGUAGGGUAAUUUCAGAUUCCCUAUGGCAGCAUUAAAUGGGUUGAUAAAGGAUGGGACUUGGACAUUUCUAGAGGCAUCCUAAUGGGGGCUACUUGAUUGGACGUAAGCAUUUCUGGAGGCAUCAUUCAUUCUUGUUGUUUUCAGUUAUCAACGUCAUUUUUUUUCCUUUUCUCAGCUCAUUUGCUGUUUUUAGUGAUGAUGAUUAGAAAUAUAUUACUCAGCAUGCCUGGCAGAUCGUGGACUUUCUUUAACGGCAUGCUCUUCCAUCCAAACUGAAUCUGUAUAAAGAGAAGGAAAAAAGGGUUUACCCAUGAAAGUCUGGGUGUAUCCUAGACUCUAGUUGCAUGCUGGUAACUUCCCAUGGCAAUGGAGCAUUUUAUGAAUUUGAUUAUGGAGUGAAAGGGAUUAAGUGAUUCCAUGGAUGUGCUAAUGGCUCUUACCACACCAUCAUUUCAAGGAGUUUUCAUCCUCUCUCAAAGAUUUCAAGCGGAUGUGUUUAUGGAUUGUCAACUGUCAAGGACCACCACCAUUUGUUUCACUUUAUUCGUUCCCUGUAACUUGAGAGCAACAUAUCUGUCUAGAUUGGCAAUAAAAGGAGGAUGGAUGAGACAACCUUAAGUCAUCCAUGGUGACAAAUCCAAAGUUAUGUCAACUCUUUGUCGUUCUGUAAUAGAGACUUAACAAACUUUGUUUCUUCUCUUUCUUUUCUGUGGUGGUAGCGAAUGGACGAUUUUCAUAUAAAUCUAUUUGUCAUCCAAUAAACUAAUGUCAGAUCAGAUGUAUGUUGCUUCAUUUGAAUGCCUUGAAGAGAACAAAUUUG